CCUCGGACCUCUUCCCCGCAUCGACCCCUCAGUCUGAGGCCACCGACGUCACUCGCUCACUCGCUCACUCACCCAUUCGCCGCCUUGACGACGAUCCACGACCCUCGAGCUGCUAUCGAGACUGUCUUGCCAAGCCGAGGUUCGGUAGCUCACUACGUCCCACGCUAUUGCUUUGCGAUCACCCUCCGCUCGUCCCCUCCCUCACGCAGCUAGAUAGCUAGCAAUCGAGUACAGGGUGAUUGACUAGCUCCGUCUCCUCAGUCUCCUCCCUUCACCCUUCCCAUUCCAUCCAAUCCUCGACACCCUCAACACCAUCCCUCAACAUGCCUCCUGCUCGUAGUAGCAGCGGCGUCUCCUCGCACGGAGGCCAUGAAGCUGUCAAGGUCCAGAAAGAGGACAUAGUCUUUGCUGGCUGGGUCCUUAAGAAGAAGAGGAAGAAGAUGCAGGGCUAUGCCAAGCGAUGGCUGAUCCUCACCAAGCAGGGCAUGCUAACCUACUCGCUCCACCCGGACAAGCCUACACGCGAUGCCAUUGAAAUCCCACACGCCUCAGUCACCAGUAGCAAAAGGCACGGCACUCUACACGUUGACAGCGGGGCAAGCGUCUUCCAUCUCAAGGUCCUGGAGCCUGCCGACUUUGACAAAUGGAGGAGCCAAUUGAAGGCAUUCAUUCCUGAUGCUUCGCCUGGCUCGGCGCAACGCAUCUUUGUCUCGUCGAAUAACAGCACCGAGCUCGUGGCUGUCGACCUCUCGCCCGUCUUCAAUGCGAGCAUCACUGUAGGCAAGCUGAUUCAAGAGGUUCAGUCUCGAGUAGGUGACUUCAAGUCAUCGUCCACAGCCAGCAAGGGGCUCGUAGACUCAAUGGCUGCCAUGGUAAUGCCGCGCAACGAGAAUGGCACAGAGGCCAUUGGCGCGCUCUCGACUAUCGUCGAUCAGCUCGCAGCAGAGCAUGCCAACCUCUCGUACGCUCUGCAGAGCAAGAUUCCUGUUCAAGGUUCUGGCUCGACGGGCACCAUGCGAUCUCUGCAGCAUCGCGAUGGCAUGAAGUCCGACCUUCGUCAGUCGCGCAUGAGCUUCUCAUCCUUCCGCACCACCGAAACGGGAGAGGGCACCUUCUUCGAUGCCGACGCGGCCGAUGGCUCUUUCAAUGAUGACGCAGCCAAGGAGGAGCAGUCCUCUGGAGCCGAGGACUUCGACGAAGAUGACGACGACGACGAAGAUGAAGGCCAGGGCGGCGACGAUGGUAAGCCCAUCAGUGGUGUCGUCCCCGCCUCACAGUCAGCGGGCAAAAAGUAUCGCAAGCAGCUCCCAGCCAAAGUGUCGGGAGACGAGGUUUCUCUCUUCUCCAUGCUCAAGAAGAACGUGGGCAAGGAUCUCUCGACCAUCUCCUUCCCCGUGUCCUUCAACUGCCCCCUUUCGCUUCUGCAAGCCUCCUGCGAGGAGUACGAGUAUGCCCCUGCCCUCCUCGAGCGGGCGUCCAAGACGCAAGACUGGGUGGAGCGCCUGUGCCUCGUCUCUGCUUUUGCGGUGAGCAGCUACUCGAGCACGAAGCUGCGUGCCAGUCGAAAGCCCUUCAACCCGCUGCUUGGCGAGACUUAUGAGUGCGUACGUGACGACCGCAACCUGCGCUUCAUUGCGGAAAAGGUCGUGCACCAGCCUCCCAUCGUGGCACACUACGCUGAGGGCAAAGGGUGGCACUGCACUGGUUGGUCGGCUGUCAAGAACAAAUUCUGGGGCAAGUCCCUUGAGCUCAUCCCCGAGGGACAGGUGCGGCUAGAAUUCGAUGACGGCGAUGCGUUCACGUUUACGAAGCCCUCGUCGUUCAUGCGCAACCUGCUUGCCGGCAACAAGUAUCUCGAGCACGUCGGCGAGCUGACGGUCACCAACGCCAACAGCGGGCAGCGUGCCGUGAUUGAGUUCAAGGAGGGCAACAUGUGGGGCGGCUCUGGAUCUCGCAACCAGGUAGUCGGCACCGUCUACGACGAGAAUGACAAGAAGGUGACCGGCCUCAAGGGCAAGUGGUCGGACAACUUUGCACGUCAGAAAGACGACGAGAACUACCAGCAGCUCUGGGAGGCUGACGAGAUGCCUCGUAACGCCGAGGACUACUACGGUUUCACCUACUUUGCCAUCUCCCUCAACGAGAUUACAGACGACAUCAAGAAGAUUCUGCCUCCCUCUGACACUCGUCUACGCCCCGACCAGCGGGCAUUCGAAGAGGGCAAGGUGGACGAGGCAGAGAAGACGAAGCAGGACUUGGAGGGCAGGCAGAGGGAGCGUCGUAAGCAGAUGGAGAGCAAAGGGGAUAGCUACGAGCCAAGGUGGUUCCAUAAGUCUAAAGGAGAGGAUCCCGAGUGGCAAUUCGGCGGCAAGGGCGGCAAAUACUUUGAGAAGAGGGAGAAGAAGGAGUGGAAGGAGGUGCCCAAGAUCUUCGAGUAGCGAGUUGCGGAAUCGCCGCCGUAUUGUCUUUCUCGCCUGUGACGUUGUUUGCUUCUAGUUGUUCGCAAUGGACCG